GUUGCUCGUAACCGAGGUUUGCAAACUCAGUCCGAUCACACACUUCGAUCUCUGCUGAAGAUGAAGUCCCUUUUUCUGCUCAUCUUGACAGUUUGGUACAACAGCCCGCUCGGCGGCUGCCUUUCGUGCUCACACUCUCCGGCAACGUGGUGUUCCUCCUUGGAUUCAGCGAUUGAAUGCGGGGUUUUGAGACAAUGCCUGAUGUCCAACUACAGCCGGUCCCAGCAGACCGAGGCCCCGGUGCAGGUGGGGCUGUACUACGAGAGUCUGUGUCCCGGCUGCAGGGAGUUCCUGGUCCAGAUCCUGUUCCCCACCUGGGUGCUGCUCAGGGACAUCAUGGACGUGACCCUGGUGCCCUACGGGAACGCUCAGGAGAAGCCUGACAAGGAUAAGUACACAUUUGAGUGCCAGCACGGGGAACAGGAAUGUCUCGGCAACAUGAUUGAGACUUGCUUCCUCAACAUGAGCAGGAUGGCCUUCCCCAUAAUAUUCUGCAUGGAAUCCUCGGCUGACGUCAUCAAGGCAGCUGAGAGCUGCGUGCAACUCUAUGACCCUCAGCUGAGCAUGGAAAAAGUGAAGGCCUGUGUGAGUGGCGACCAGGGAAACCAGCUGAUGCACCAGAACGCCCUGCAGACCGGAGCCCUGAACCCCCCGCACAAGUAUGUGCCCUGGGUGACCAUAAAUGGGGAGCACACAGAGGAGCUGCAGAACAAAGCCAUGUCGUCUCUCUUCACGCUGGUCUGCAGCCUGUACAAGGGUGCCAAGCCUCCUGCUUGUGGAGGGAUCCAGAAACUACACUACAAAAGUAGCUGCCCCAGAGACUGAUGGAGCUGCUCUACAGUCCUUUAUCCCAGCUCCAUGUUGCCUGACUAACACCCAGGAAUGUUACUGGACCAGUUGCACUGUCGCUAGCUCAGCUGAUGUUUAGACUUUAACCCGCUCACCUAGGAGAAUCACAUGACCUAAGCCCAGCUGCGUUGUCGGACGGCCUCUGGUUUAACCUGCAGCUGAUGAUUAGCUUGAUCUUAAUUGCUGUAUCCUCCAAAAAUUUAGCAUCGAACACUAGGUAUGUUUCCUGCAUGCUUGCUUAAACGUGAGGCUGACGGUUAUUUUCACGUUGUGACUGCAGAGGUGUCAUCUCAAAACUGCGUUGCGUUUCCUGUUUCCUGAAGUUGGCUCCCAGUUUUGGAGAAAAACAUCUAGCUGAUUUAACCAUUUUCAGAUCAGCUGUAUCAGUUGUGCCAAACCCUGAGAUGAACAACCCGGCGUAUCUGGGUUCAGGUCAGGGCUUGAGUUAGUGGAGGUGAGCGCGUGCACCGCAGCUAUAAAAAGCAGUUAUCAGCGGAGCUCGGGUUACCAUGAUUCACUGGGUCAUCUACAUGUCAAAUGACGGUGACGUAGUGAAUUUGAACACGUCUGUCUGUGGGAGAAUACCACGACUGCUGCAGUCACCUGGACCUGUGCUCAUUGUGACUGGAUUAAACUCCAAAUAUGGUGGAAUUGUGUUAAAGCCUGCUGCAUGCUACCUGACAGUGCCAUUGGCCCAUUAAGUGUGUGUAUCUAUAAUAAAAGGGAAUAUUUUGCUGAUCCGAUUUGUUGAAAGAAAUGCCUUUGUCCUCUUAAAUGUGUCUGUGGGGAAGUGUUUUCUCCAGAAAUAAAUGGUUUUUGCAACA